GGUUACACUUCGGCAAGCGACACCUCCUUGAAAGGAGAGAAAGGUAGCGAUCUCGAGCGGGGGAGAGGAGAGGACUUGCGAAGGGGUUGGAGGCGCUUGUAUUGUUUGUUAUCUUCUGCAGUUGGAUCGAUGGAACUGGAUAGCAUCGAGUGCAUAUCGGUGUCAGAUGGGAUCACGGAUGACGACGAGGUUGCCCGUGUUCCGCUCUCCUUCCUGAAGCCACACGGUGACGGAAGCGGUGUUCAGGCGACGCAGGUUAUCAGCCCUGUGAGCAGGGUGCAUGAGUUGCUGGAAUGCCCUGUGUGCGGCCACUCGAUGUACCCACCGAUCCAUCAGUGCCACAAUGGACACACUCUAUGUUCAACUUGCAAAUCAAGGGCCUAUAAUCGUUGCCCUACAUGUAAGCAAGAACUUGGAGAUAUUAGAUGUUUGGCAUUGGAGAAAGUGGCUGAAUCACUUGAGCUUCCUUGUCGAUAUUUCGCAUUGGGAUGUCCUGAAAUUUUCCCAUAUUACAGCAAGCUCAAUCAUGAAGCUCAGUGCAACUUCAGGCCAUACAACUGCCCCUAUGCAGGCUCCGAGUGUUCUGUUGUUGGAGACAUUCCUUUCCUCGUUGCACAUUUGAGGGAUGAACACAAAGUAGAUAUGCAUAUCGGUUCCACAUUCAACCAUAGAUAUGUAAAGUCCAACCCCAGGGAAGUUGAAAAUGCUACCUGGAUGUUGACUGUAUUCCAUUGUUUUGGACAGUAUUUCUGCCUGCAUUUUGAGGCUUUUCAGCUUGGUGUGGCUCCAGUAUACAUGGCAUUCCUUCGUUUCAUGGGUGACGAGCAUGAGGCAAGGCAGUAUUGCUACAGCCUAGAAGUUGGUUUAAAUGGCAGAAAGCUAACAUGGGAAGGUAUCCCCCGAAGCAUUCGUGAUAGCCACAGAAAAGUCCGGGACAGCCAUGAUGGUCUGAUAAUUCAGAGGAACAUGGCACUCUUUUUCUCUGGAAGUGAUAGGAAGGAGCUCAAGUUGCGGGUCACUGGCCGUAUAUGGAAGGAGCAGCAGAACCUUGAUGCUGGAUUGUACAUACCAAGUUCAUGUAGCUGAUAGUUUGCAAAUGAAUUUUGUAACUUGUAUCUGGAUCCAUGAGUGUUUGUGCUUGUCCAUAUUGGAUUGGAUAUAUAUGUGCCUUUCUUCUGAUGGAUUGCUGAAGAGGGACUGUAAAAUCAGUAUUUGUUCUUGGUUUGUGUUAUUUUGAAGUUGUUUUCCAGUCUCCA